CCUUGUAGGCCUAUGAGUUCAGGUUUCAUAACUUUUUCUCUGUGUGUGUGCAGCACCUCCGUCUCUUCCUGUGUGUCUAUGGGAAGGGGACACCGACGCUGGAGGCAAUGUGCUACUGUCCUGUGUGGUGGCGGAGGGCUUUCCUACUCCACAGGUGAUCUGGGAAAAGCUAGAACCGGAUAAGAUGACACUGCCAGUGAACAAGGAUGGGGACACGAUGGGCUCGGUGCACAUUGCCAAUGUGUCUGCGCAGACCUCUGGCCUCUACCGCUGCUCAGUGACCAACCCACUGGGAACCCAGCACUGCUACAUUAACCUGUCUGUCUACACACCUCCGGAUAAUUCUCCUGGCAUCCUGCAGGGGGUGCUGUUGAGUCUCUCCAUGGCCCUGCUCCUGCUGGCUCUGAUGGUGCUGGUGCUGUGGCUCCACCGUUCGGCACAGGAGAGCAAAUGGAGGAACAGCCAUGAGGAAGAUGAGUGCUAUAAUGAGAUCAAAUACACACCCUCUCUCAUUAAACGCUCUUUUGUUUGAGACAAGGACAGGAAGUGAUCAUCUGGAUCAUUGCUGCACUAAUCUAUUGUGAAGGCCAGUUUGUGUCAAAGGGGAGAACAUUGGCUAAAUAAAGCACAGAUUUAUACUUUUUCUGAUAAAUAAUCCUUUGUGGUCCAGUGCUUUUUAAGUGCUUAAAUGCAUUAAAGUUACCCUAAAGACUACAGUCACUAUUGUAAACAAACAUAAAAAAUUUUUUUAUCCUUAGGUAAUCGAUAGCACGCCACAAAUGCUAUAAAAUACAUUUUAAUUGUAUUUAACCCAGAAUAUAAAUUUAGGGACUUCUAAAGCACAAGCUGUACAUAAUCUAAACAGACAAUCAGAAGUCACUAUAAAUGAAUGCAAGUGGAGUAUGGUCUUUUGGUAGAUAUGUAUAUGCUUUGUAGAGGGUGAUAUUGGACAUCGAUUUCAUUCGGUAAAUUCAUACAUGGCUUAAAGUUGAUUGUAAUUGCGUUUGUCUUUGGAAUUAAACCUCCAAUUUAACUAAUAAAAAUGUGGAUCACCAAGC